GGCUGCGCCCAUAAAACGAAAAAACCGAAAAAAGUUACGUUUUUUCCUCGUUUUAUGGUCAAAAUAUUCAUGAAUAACCAGUGUCGGUAAUUGAAAAGACAGCUUUUCUAUGAGAACAACCUACGAAAGAGUGACACUGAUCUUCCAUGAAAUAAUGAGGGUGCUGAAAAGGAGGCGUACAUAUAAACUCUUGUUCCUGAUUAUGGUGGCUGGACUUGUCUAUCUAGGCUUUCAGGUCUUUUCGGUCCGGCUUCUGACAAGGCAGAAUGUGCAGACGGCCAAUAGUGUGGUCGAAAGACAUGAGGAUGGCGACGGAAAAGAAAAUGCUGAACGCCUUGCCAAAGAAAAGUAUGUUGAGGAUCAAGAGGUUAGAAAGUACCAUGGCAAAAAGAGGAAAAUAAAACCUACACCAGACAUGCCGGAGGCGGAGCGAGAGUUCCAUAUUCCGGACAUUCCAGAUAUUCCGAAAAAACCUAUUCCGGAUUUCCCAAAUGAACUUGACUUGAAAAAGGACAUAAUCGGUAUGGAUAAGAGUCGGACUGUGGUUGAUGGUGGUUAUCAGAAGUUUAGUAAAUUGCGUCAGCCGGAUGUACCACGGGGAGUUGAUCCUAAUAAAGUUAGUCUAUACAAGCCGGACGCUGACGGCAAGUUCACAUGUUUUGUGUCCAAGGAGAAUAUUCCAUUUGAUCAUGUGAAUGACGAUUACUGUGAUUGUGAUGAUGGCAGUGAUGAACCAGGAACUUCAGCAUGUCCUGAUUCGAGAUUUUUUUGUGAUUAUCAAAUCGUUGCUAAGCCGCACUCCAUCUUCUCGAGUCACGUGAAUGAUGGGAUAUGUGAUUGUUGUGACGGGAGUGACGAGUGGGGCAACGUCACUGUCAUGGAGUGGUUCAAAAUAAACGAUGAUAAACACUACCCUGUAGCACACGCCCCGUGUAAAAAUACUUGUCAUUCACAAGAGGAGAAACUUCUCGCAGCGCACAAACUGAAAAAAUCAGGUCAGCAGUUAAAAAAGAGUUACUUGCUUCUGGCGUGGGAGAGAAAAAAGUUAGCUGAUAUUAGUGCAUUUGGUCCACAGGGCGUCUUUUUCAAACUCAGUACGAACUGUUAUACAUAUAAAACUGCCGAAUACGAAUAUACGAUAUGUCCGUGGAAAGAUGUCCGCCAACAAGCAUUCCCACAACCGUCAAAAUGCCUCGGGAGAAAUGGGUCUUGGAUGUCGACCACAGAUGGCGCCUAUAAAUUGCUAAUGGUCGGAGGUGACCGUGAACUCUGCCCGGGAAACAUCGAUAGAAGAUCCAUUAUUAUGUUUACCUGUGGACUCGAGGACAAAGUUACGAGAGUUUACGAAAACGACCGCUGCAUAUAUGUUGUUGAUUUCAUCACCCCGGCAGCUUGUUGAUGAAGGAUCCUGAUUGGCUGGCCCAAAUCUGUGAUGUCAUCUUGGUGUCUUCCAAUCAAAAAAUAGACAAUUUUCCAAAUGUGCUGUGUCUGUAUAUGCUAGAAGAUAAAACUGAGGGAACUAGACAAUUUUCCAAAUGUGCUGUGUCUGUAUAUGCUACUAAUUGCUAGAAGAUAAAACUGAGGGAACCAAACUACAGUGGAACCUCCCUUAGCGUACACCUCUAUAAAGGACAACCUAACCAUUGGCAUUUAGGACACUAUUCUUCGUAAAAAAUUGGUUGUUUCCAUUUAAGUUGACCACUCUAAUCUGGACACCUCUCUCUUAAGGACAGUAUUUGUCAGUCUCGAGGGUGUCUGUCAUAGGGAGGUUCUAUGGUACCCUUCGUUUGGGCUUCAGCACAGUCAUGAUGUUGUGACUCAGCUGUGGAAUGAAGCCCUGCAAGUUGUUCUGCUGGCAUAUAAUUGCAUUUUGUAGCUUUAAACGAUGUAGGCGUACAAAAGUACAGGUGUUUUUCGUUUGCAAAGAAUAUCACGGAUCACCUUAUCAUCUAUUUUGUGACAUUUAGUGAAUGAUAAAGGGACAAAUGUCAUGAAAUGAGAAGUAGACUACCGGUAUGACUAUUUUGAUAUUGCUAUUACAGGCAAGAGAUUCCAUCAUAAAAUCUAUGACAGAGAUUCAUAGAAUCUAUGACGGAGAUUCAUAGAAUCUAUGAUGGGGAUUCAUAGAAUCUAUGACGGAGAUUCAUAGAAUCUAUGACGGGGAUUCAUAGAAUCUAUGACAGAUUCGUAGAAUCUAUGACAGAUAUUCGUAGAAUCUAUGACGGAGAUUUUAAUCAUUAUAGAUUAUGUGGUGGCCCGUCAUAGAUUCUCAUGAUUCUAUUAUGAGAAAUGCUCUCAAAGAAUUCAUUAUGGAAAGCACAUGGUUUUAUCUGCCCAUCAUUGAUUCUAUGUUGUAUAAAACAAAUGUCACGCAUGAAGAUAAAUGGUGCCAAAGUCAAAAUCAGAUUUGUGCUCUGAGCUCUGCAAGCUUUUGGCUAAGUUUUAUGCAAUAAUUGCAUCGUUCUAUAGUAUUGAGAACUACUUUAGUGGGUCGAUAGGGUCAUUGAACCCUGUAUGUUCAACGUAAUAUAGUCUUAUGUUAUUAUCUUACAUUGAGCAUAUACAUGUAAAAAAAUUAAAUAUUUGUUUUACGCUGAACAUAUAUUAAAGGUAUUAUGACCAUAUCCACGCGCCAUAAAAUUUGAUUGAGUUUAAUUUAUUGAGUGAUCAUGUG